AUGGCUGGUUCCUUCUCCGAGCGCUUAUUACCUAGGCGUGGGGUCCUUGCCGAGGUCGAGACCACCGCGUUCGACGUUGAGCCUCACAUUUGCCACUUGGUAGGACUUUGUUGUUUCGAGACACUGUUGCAACAGGAAGGAGUUCGGUAUCGACUCCCUGGGAGGCGCGAAUUAGGUAUGCUGCGGGACUUUGACGCAGGUCUUGUAUCGGGCCCGUCUAGCACGAGAUGCAUCGGCCCCAGUGCGACAGUGGAGAGCCUGUGUUGGUCGUGCAUCGAGCACCACAAUGCCGUGAAUUGCGAGGAAUUUGUUGGUCGACUGUUCUGGUGCUCCGCCGAGUUCAAUGGUGCUUCCUCAUCGUUACGGGUUCCUGGAUAUGUCCCUGAAGCGCCUCAAUCAACAGCCAGUGGAAGGGCUAUCUUCCUAAGGGCCACCAGUAGAGAAGUGUACCUGUUUGAGUGAUUGGAGGGGGCGUGUUGGUGUACUCUCUAGGCAAGCAUGCAGUCUAGAGAGCCGAAUCCUGAACCAAGGCAACGUGUAAGACGGCCAUGUUUGACCGCGGACCGUCCUCCGAGUCCCGUUCAUCGUGUUAGCUAGUUGGCUAUCAGCAUUGAGGCCAAAUACCGAGAGGGUAGAUAGGUGGUGGUAGGUAAGACAAUAGAGGUGACGACUGAUGGGCGAUGUCGCGUUACAACCAAAGCCGCCGUCUUGUCAUAGGAUAUGAAGUUGUGACGCAUCGUCUCGGAGUCGCCAGUGACAAAUCCUAGUUCAAGUUGCAGCACAUGGACGAAUUGUAAAAAAUGCUGAAAUUAGUGCAUUUCUCUCGAAUGUGUAUGGACGACGGCCAAGAAUCC